UGCAUUUUCGCGCCCGACCUCAAAAUCGCCGGUGCCACCCAGCAGCAGCAGCAUGGCGUCGAUGCUGCACGUCGCAUCAAGCUCGAUCAACCCGUACAUCACAUGCACGCUAUGCAACGGCUACUUCCGCCAGCCCUACACAGUGCGCGAAUGCAUCCACACGUUCUGCAAGAGCUGCAUCUUCAAGCACAUUGUGACCCAAGACAAGCGCGCUUGCCCCGUGUGCGAAGGCCCGUUUGGCACGUAUCCGCUCUCGGGCACGAAGCGCAAGCCGCCAGAGAUUGUCCAAGACCACGCGAUGGAAGGCCUCGUCAAGAAGCUCCUCUCCAAGCUCGACGUCCAGGACGCGCAGGAUGAGGUGGCCUUCUAUGCCAAGCAUGACAUUCCACACAAGUCGAGCGCCACUCCCGGGUCGUCCCAGCGCGAGGUCAAGUAUAAGAAACUCAAGGGCAAGCAGCUCCACGUGGUGCUGCGCCCGAUGCUCGAGUCGCUCGGUCCACCCGACGGCGGCGACGAGUCGGCGCCGUUGCGACGAAAGCACUUUACGUACCUCUGGCAACUUACCGAGCGAUACCGCAUUUUUGACGUCAAGAUUCUCAUCCGCAAGAUGUUGCGGCUGCGCGGGCGGCUGGUCGAGCCGCAGGAUCUCGAAGUGCACUGCGCGGGCCAGCUCCUUGGCAAAGAGCACACGCUCAUCUUCAUUCAAAAAGCCAUGUGGAAGAAGGAAGGGCCCAUCACGCUCGAGUACCGACGCGUCAAUCGGUCGCCGACGUGAGCCCAAUGUGAAUGUCGUUGUGUGCCUCCAAUAUGACGGAGCUUUGAAACACGUCCGCUCCAUUUCGCACUACAACCGCUAUAGC